AAGUACCUGAGUUUGGAAUUUAUGUACUCAUAGUCUAAAAUCAACUCCCAUUAUCCUAAGUGAAGUCUGAUUGUCGUGUACUAUUCAUUGACUCGUCAACAUGAACGUGAAGUAUUCCUUGGACAUUCAUUGUCAGGUCAUUUUGGUUUGUACAACUCGUCUCCAGCUUGUGUUUUUACACACACAUCUAGUACUGUCAUAUUCUCGUACAACCAGAACCACUAGCAUUACCAGUAUGAAACCUAGCACUAGCAACAACCCAUGAC